AUGGCGGACUUACGCAUUUCGGGCCUAGAUGAGGCAGCCACUCAGGAAGAGAUCGCGGGAGCAAUCGCUAAAUUGGGAGAGUGCUCAAUAAAUGAAGUUAAGGUGGGAUCGAUUAGGGCCCAAUAUAAUGGGACAGCGUCGACUCUGGCACAGUGCCCUAUAACGGCAGCCAAGAGGGUCACCGCAGCGGGUCGACUUCAAAUAGGAUGGUCCUCGGCUCUAGUAGUGGCGCUGGACCCAACACCGAUGAGGUGCUUCAGGUGUAUGGGCACGGGGCACACCAGAGCACUAUGCCCGUCGCCAGUAGAUAGGAGCGGUCUCUGCUUCCGGUGUAGCAGGCCGGACCACAAGAGGGUGGACUGCAAGGCGGAGACUGCCUUCUGCUCG